GCAUACCCAGAUGGGAAUCCACCACAACAGCAACUCUAUGGAGCUCCACCACCACUGCAGCAGCAACCAGGCAGCAACUUUCCUUCUUCCAAUUAUCCUGGACAACCACAGGGUGGGUAUGGUGGACCAACAAAUCAAUUUGGUGGACAGGGUCCCAAGCCCCAACAACCUUUCAUCAAUCAGCCUGGCCCCAUGGCACAACCAGCUCGAAAACUUGACCCCGAUCAAAUGCCAAGCCAGAUCCAAGUGUUGGAGGAUGAUAAGUUGAAGAACAAUGGUGUUUAUGUGACAGGGCAGAGAGGAUCUGUGCCUCCCCUGGUCACCAGUAACUUCAUCGUUGAUGAUCAAGGAUUAUGCAGUCCUCGUUUUUUGCGAUCGACCAUGUACAACAUCCCCUGCACCAGUGACCUCCUAAAACAAAGUCAUCUGCCAUUUGUUGUCACCCUCUCUCCAUUUGCUAAACAAGAUCCCCAAGAGAACAAGCCCCCGAUUGCAGACCUCGGACAGAUGGGCCCACUGAGGUGCAACAGAUGCAAGGCCUACAUGUGCCCCAACAUGAUGUUCAUCGACGGAGGGCGAAAGUUUCAGUGCUGUUUCUGUAGCUGCACUACUGAAGUGCCCCCAGAAUACUUUGCACACCUGGAUCACACAGGUAAGAGGAUUGAUUGUUUUGAGAAACCUGAACUAUGCCUUGGUGCUUAUGAGUUCGUUGCCACGGCUGAUUACUGUAAGGACAACAAGUUGCCACAGGCACCGGCCUUCAUUUUCAUGAUUGAUGUCUCCUUCAACAGUAUCAACAGUGGUCUCAUCAACCUCCUCUGCACGAGAUUGAAGGAAGAUAUACUAGCCUAUUUACCCAAGGAUGAAGGUGAUGAAGAGUCAGAAGUCAGAGUAGGUUUCGUAACAUACAGCAAUGAGCUGCACUUUUACAACAUUAAAAACAAUCUAGUACAACCGCAGAUGUUGGUUGUGACGGACAUGAACGAUGUUUUUGUACCACUUGUCGACGGAUUUCUCGUUAAAGUAUCAGAAGCUGAAGCUAUUGUUGAUUGCCUUCUAGCACAAAUCUGGUCAAUGUUUUCCAACACCUGUGAGAAGGAGAGUGUGUUGGGUCCAGUCAUUCAGGCCGGUCUGGAUGCUUUGAGGUCAGCAGAACGUUCAGGCAAGCUCAUCAUCUUCCACAGUUCCAUGCCCACUGCUGAGGCACCUGGAAAGUUGAAACAUCGAGAAGAUAAGAAUCUGCUGGGAUCUGAAAAGGAAAAGACUCUCUUGACUCCACAAACAAACUUCUACACAAAGUUGGGCCAGGAAUGUGUGAGUGCAGGCUGUUCUGUUGACAUAUUCCUCUUUCCCAACAUGUAUGUAGAUGUCGCCACAAUAUCUGAAGUACCCAGGCUGACUGGAGGCUCCUUAUACAAGUACAACUAUUUCAAGGCUGACACGGAUGGAGAGAUGCUGAUGAGUGACCUGCGCACGAACAUUUCUCGUCAAUUUGCAUUCGAUGUCGUCCUUCGGCUGCGAACCAGUCAGGGAAUCAGGGCGGUAGACUUCUUUGGCAAUUUCUUCAUGUCCAACACGACAGACGUUGAACUUGCCAGUCUAGACAGAGACAAGACGAUAUCCAUCGAGAUACGACAUGACGACAAGUUGACUGAAGCAGAAGGGGCUUAUGUACAAGCCGCCGUGUUGUACACCAGUGUUGGAGGUAGGAGGAGGCUGAGGGUUCUGAACAGUUCGUUCAAUUGUUGCACACAGGUCGCUGAUCUGUUCAGGAGUUGUGAGCUGGAUGUUAUCAUCAACUUCUUCGCUAAGCAAGCUAUUCGGGAGUCACUGAACACAAGUGUGAAGCAAGUACGUGAGCACCUGACGAACCAAUGUGUCCAGAUACUUGCCUCGUACCGCAAAAACUGUGCAACCCCAUCUUCAUCCGGUCAGUUGAUCCUGCCCGAGUGCAUGAAGUUGCUACCUGUCUACAUCAACAGUCUCAUCAAGAGUGGCAUCCUACAAACUGAGAACAUAAACGUUGACGACCGCAGUUACUACAUCCACCUGGUGAACAGCAUGAGCAUAAGUGGCACUGUGGCUUACUUCUACCCUCGCCUCAUACCUCUGCUGGAUAUAGAUGUGGAUGACACGAGCCUACCACAUGCGAUCAGGUGUUCCAGCGAAAGACUGAAGGACAAUGGAGCUUAUUUGUUAGAAAAUGGUUUGGUGAUAUUCUUGUGGGUUGGUCUGUCUAUCAAUGCCGAGUGGAUUCAACAGGUCUUCGGUGUUCCAUCUGUUGCACAGAUCGACAUUGAUAAGACGAAGCUACAAGAUUUGGACAACCCCGUAUCAGUGAGAGUCCGUGGCAUGGUGAGGAUGAUCAGGGAGGAGAGGAACAGAUACAUGAAGUUGGUGAUAGUACGACAGAGGGACAAGCUGGAGCCAGUGAUGCAGAUGUACAUGGUGGAGGAUCGCACGCCUCUGAUCAACUCCAGCCUCACCUACGUUGACUUCCUAUGCCACAUACACAAGGAGAUUAGGAAUAUACUACUCUGAUCGACUUAUUUAAUGAUUGUUACUUUUCAUUGGAUAAAACUGAAGAAGUGUCCAAAUUGGAUGAGUGUCCAAGAUGUCUAAUUGGACAUUGAAUGGAUAAAUUAGUUCACUGGUGGUUUAAUGAUUGAUUCAUUCAAUCAAUCAAUCAAACGAAGAAAUGGAUGAACGACUGAAUGAAAACAAAUGGACGAAUGAAUGACUGAUUAAAUGAAACAAGUGGAUGAGUUAUGAAAACAAUAAAAAUAAUAGAACAUAAAGGAUGUUACUUUUUUCCAUAUACAAAGCAAUGAAUCAAGUCUUUAGAUGAAUGAUUUCUUGAAAUAACAUUCAUUCAUUCAAAAUUCAUUCAUUUAUCCAUUCAUUCAUUCACUCGCUCAUUCUUCCAUACCCCAUAUAGGAUUAUAUAUUUCACAAACGCCAUAAUAUGCUAUAUAUAUAUAUAUAUAUAUAUAUAAUACAUAUAUAACUAUUAUUGUUAUUAUCACUAUUAUUGUUGUAGUUUUUAUUAUUGUAAUUUUUGUCUGUAAUAUUAUUGAGUGUCAAAGAAGUAUUAAAUUAUUAUUAUUAUUAUUACUAUUUGUGUUUAUGCUUGACUAAAUUUAUUUGGAUUAUAUAUAAAUGUGCAUGCGUGCGUGUGUGUACGUACAUAUAUACGUAUAUAAUUUAAGAAAUUCGUUAAAAAUAUUAUAUUUUCUGUUUAUCAUUGUGAACUUUGAACUUUGACCGUUAGGGAGGCAAGCUAUUUAUUAGUUUCAUGCUAAUUUAAUUGAAAUGAUUUUUAUUGUAAAACAUUAUUAAACUUUUUUAUGUUUAAUUUUUAUUAAUUUUAUUAUUAUUAUUAUUAUUGAAUUCUCCAUAUUUCAAAUGAAUGAAUUUCAGAUGAUGCACAUGCAUGCAUUAAUUCAUUUAAUAAUUCAUCUGUUUAUUUAUUCAUUCAUUUAUUCAUUCAUUCGUUGGUGUCUUUUACUGUAAAUAAAAAAUGUUCUGAUUGACGUUACGAUAAUGUAAUGAUGCUUAAUAAAAUUGUUAGUAUCGAUGGCUGUUUUUGUUACUGCUGUUCACUGACUGAGGCUGGUCAGUUGACGAACGUACUAUGACGUGCCCAGUCUGUCUUCUGUGAGCGUCAUCAUCAUCCGAGAACUAACAUCCUUUCCGCGGUUGUAAGCAAAGUUUCAUCACUUACGUGGAGUGAUUCAGGUAGGUGAGUGAAUUCAAUUCAGUCGGUAAUACAAAAUGGAACAUCCAGCACAACCCUGCAUACCUUAGGAGGAACUGUGAGGACAAUCGCUAAGGAUUUUUGUCAUCGAGACUUGUUAACGAAGAAAAGUUUCUAAAAUUAUUGAUUUAUUUGAGUCUUACUUUUUUCAUGUUUCCCAACUCUACAACAACAACAACAACAAUAUAUAUAUAUAUAU